AUGCUUGCCUCUUCCCUUCUUUUGUUGUCGUCCCUGGUGGCCGGCGCAUUCGGCGCGGCCCGGACAUCCCCCCCUUCCGGCGCUCUGGUCGUCGCAAAGUCCGGGGGCAAGUACACCUCCAUCCAAAAGGCUGUCGACGCCGCCAGCAGCGGCGCCGUCAUCUUCAUCCAGCCAGGCACCUACAACGAGCAGGUCCUGAUCCCGGCCAACAAGGGCGCCCUCACCAUCUACGGCUACACCGCCGACGACCAGGACUACUCCAAGAACCAGGUCACCGUCACCAACAGCCUCGGCGCCGACGUCGCCGGCAGCAACGACGCCUCCGGCACGUUCCGGGCCAAGAACGACAACCUCAAGGUCUACAACAUCAACAUUGUCAACUCGCGCGGCAAGGGCAUCCAGGCCAUCGCCCUGAGCGCCUACGGUAACCAGCAGGGGUACUACGGCAUCCAGGCCAAGGGCUACCAGGACACCAUCCUCUCCAACCAGGGCAAGCACUACUUCCACAAGUCGUACGUCGAGGGCGCCACCGACUUCAUCUUCGGUCAAAAGGCCAUUACUUGGUUCGAGGCCUGCACCAUCGCCAUCAGCGGGAAGGGCUACAUCACUGCCUCGGGCCGCGACUCUUCGAGCAACCCGUCCUGGUACGUCAUCAACAAGGCCACCGUCAAGGCCCUCUCCGGCGUCGGCGACGGCCAGACCUUCCUCGGCCGGCCCUGGCGCACGUUCGCCCGCGUCGUCGUCCAAAACUCCAACCUCGGCGCCGUCGUCAACGCCGCGGGCUGGUCCAAGUGGGGGUCUAACCCGACCGACAACGUCGUCUACCAGGAGUACGCCAACACCGGCAAGGGCGCCAGCGGCACCCGCGUCAGCUUCUCCAAGAAGAUCAGCGCCGCCGUGAAGAUUGGCGAUGUCCUCGGCUCCACAUCUUGGAUCGACUCAAAGUACACCGGCGGAAGCGCCGCCAGCUCCGUCUCACUGGAGUUAUCUGCCGCCGUCUCCGCCCCUGCCGUGGCUGCCGAUGCCGCGCCCGCUUCUACCCCUAUGCCGACCACCCUUCAGACCGUCGUCAAGGCCUCCUCCACGCCCGUUCCCCAGGCCGCUGCGGACGAUGACUGCAGCGGCACCCCCGACGGUUUCGCUUCCCUGAAUGGCGGCACCACCGGCGGCAAGGGCGGCGAGGUCGUCACCGUCAAGACUCAGGCCGAUCUCGAAAAGUACGCCGGUAUGUCGGGCAAGUACGUCAUCAAGGUCUCUGGCAAGAUCACCAUCAUGCCCAAGGGCAAGGAAGUCAAGGUCUCGUCCGACAAGACCAUUGUCGGCAUCGGUGCGACUGCCGAGAUUGACCAGGGCGGCUUCAACGUCCAGAACCAGAAGAACAUCAUCUUCCGCAACAUCAAGAUUGGCAACACCUAUGUCGAAGGUGACGACGAGGGCAAGACCCAGGACUUUGACGGCAUCCAGAUGGACAACUGCACCAACAUCUGGAUCGACCACGUCCACCUCGAAAAGGGCGGCGACGGCCUCAUCGACAGCCGCAAGGACACCACCUUCCUCACCGUCUCCUGGACCAUCCUCCGCAACCACAACAAGGCCUUUGGCAUUGGCUGGACCGACAACGUCAACACCGAAAUCACAAUCCACCACAACUACUUUGACCAGACCAAGCAACGCAACCCCUCGGUCGACAACGUCAAACACGCCCACCUCUACAACAACUACCUCGUCGGCCAGACCUCGUACGGCCACUACGCCCGCGGCAAGACCGAGAUGCGCAUGGAGAACUGCUACUUCGAGAAAGUCAAGAACCCGAUCCAGCUCGACGCCAGCGCCAAGCUCAGCGCCACGGGCAACGUCUUCGAGGGCACCACGGGCACCACGGCCAAGAACGCCGGCACCGUCUUCGAUCCCAAGACGUUUUACGAGUAUACCCUCGACGCCGCGGCUGAUGUGCCGAGCGUUGUUGCAAAGGGGGCUGGGCGCCAGGCUAGCAUUUGCGCUGCGUGA